AUGGACAAGCCCAUAAAGCUGCGGACCAACAAGCUUAUAGCUGCAGCUGGCUCUGCAUCUGGGGCCAUCGUCUGGGCGCGCCCUGCAGACCGCAGCAGGCCGAAUGGAAACUGGGUUGCCAGCAAGUACUAUGCUUCCACUGUUGACCCAGAUAAAAUCAAACCCUCAGAUGCCAGCGAUGCCACUACUGAGCUACUGCUCUACCGGUACACCAACCACUUCCUGGAGGAUGGUGCAACGCCUCAUGUUUGCCAGAUGUUCGAGCAUCUCCGUCACCCCAAUGCAAAGGCCAACUUAGCCAAUCCCAACGUGAUCAACGUCAUUAAAAGAAAGAGUAGACAGGCUGCUGCGGCUGUACAGUCUGGCAAAGAGUACAUGAUCCUGCCAACCUUUUUCAAGCCUGGGGCAAUCAGCCUGGUGGACGCCCUGUUCCCAAGCGAUGGCAGCCCUGCAUUGUUGAGCGAGAGGCAGCUUGCCAUGGUCAUCUUCCAGGUCCUUUACACGAUUGAGUGCAUGGUAAGAACCGGCAUCAUGCAUCUGGACCUUCACCUGGGCAACGUCAUGCUGUAUCCAGAGCCGGCCGACGAUACCAAGGUGCGGGCUUACGAGUAUGUGAGCUGGGACCUUCGCAGGGAGCUGGACGCUCACGUCGAUGCACACAAGUUCCUUCUCCACCUCCUAACGACAUCAGGUAUCCCAAGACAGACAAGGAGGGGAACGUUUGUCGUCCAUGAUGCCUAUGAGUGGGGCCGCUCACCCGCUGGCUUCUCUCCAGUGAGAAAGUGGGUACAGAUCUCGCAGCUAUUGAAAAGGUGGACAAGCUUUGAUUCUUUCAAUGCCUGCUCCGAACGGACGUUCAACCUCGCAAGUGCUCUUCCGCAGCAGGUCGCAGCAGCCCUCCAGAGAGACCCAAGGCGUUCCCAGACGUUUGAUGCUCAGAUCCACACGACAUACUCCUCAUGCUUCCACUACAACUACCCCAUCUCGUUGUCCAACGAGGUCGACCCGUCAGCGUUGAGGUCAAAGUGUGUGUUUCCAAGAUCCAGCAAGAUCGACCUUUCCCGGGCAGGCGCAGGGAGUGCAAAUGACGUUCUCCAAGAGUAUGCAAAGUACAACAUCGUCGAUAUGGUCGAUCUUGCAGGGCGCACCGUAGUAGAGGCGUACAGCAUACAGAGGCUCUUUGAGGCCCCCGCGAGCCCACUCCCUGGCUCCGGCAAGGUCUGCCCUCAGCCGAAACUUGCGGGCCCCCCGCUGCAGAUGAACAUCAGAAACGCUCAGGUGCGGUCCAACAACAACGGGGUGACGGAUAUGGACGUGGAUGAACCAAACCCGGUAGUUCCGCAGCUUAACCUGGACGCAGGGGAGAGGAACGAAGCCAUCCCUAUGUCUAUCGUAGGUACAGGGAAGACGACACUGAUCACCGAUAUCCUGUAUCGCAAGCGCGAAAUACCGGCAGGGCUCGUGAUGUCGGGGACGGAAGACGGGAACAGCUACUACCGUCAGUUCAUUCCGGACACUUUUAUCUAUGGAGCAUAUGACGAAGACGUCGUACAGAAGCUCAUUGCCCGCCAGAAGAACCUGAAGCGCUUGAAUGCAAAGCACUCGGAGUGCUUCCUUCUCCUCGACGAUUGCCUCUUCAACCCCAAGAUACUAAAGGGUGAUACGAUGCGCUUCCUGUUCAUGAAUGGGAGGCACUUCAACAUCACACUCAUCCUUGCGGCACAAUGGGUGAUGGACAUCCCAGCUGCAAUCCGUGCCAACAGCGACUACGUGUUUGUUUUCAAUGACCCGAUAGUGAACAACCGCAAGCGCUUCUACGAGCACUACUUUGGGGUCUUCAGGUCGUUUCAGCAGUUUGAGGCUGUCUACAAGGCAUGCACUUCAGACUUUGAGUGCAUGGUUCUGGACAACACUCUGCAAUCUUCCAACCCGGAAGACUGCAUCUUCUGGUACAAAGCACAGAUCCACAAGCCUUUCAAGCUCGGUGCGCCCGAAUACUGGUCAUUCCAUAAAAAGUGCUACGGCCAGGAGGAAGACAAGUCCUCUAUCACAGAGGUGAACGGAGUGAGAAUCCGAAAGUCCAAGUGA